UGGUCCCGAUUUUCCUGCCGUCACGGUGCAGCAGCUGCCUGCAACAACGAAGUGACAGUAAACCGGACGAUAUCAUGAGUGAUAAUGGUGAUAUGUUCAGGGGAGAAAUAGUUGUAUAUGAAAAUAAAUAAAUAAUUAUGUAAUGCAUCUAACUCAGAAUUCUUACACAAAGAAGGGCAUGCUUCAGCUGUUGUUGAUUCAUCUUGUCUGACCAGUCGAAGAUGGAUGAAGGGGUGGAUACUCAAAGAAGUAUGGCUGCUGAAAUCAAGCCAGAGGAUGUAAAGAAUGAUGUUCCAACAACAAACUUAACAGAUGGAACUCUUUGUGUACCACAAAAGAGUGACACUUUUAAAGACUGUGCAAUAACGGAGAACAUGCAAGAUGACGUAGCAUCUCAGACUUCGAUGGACUGUGGUUCUGCAGGUGGGCUGGAUGAAUCUGUUCUUACAGGCAGCAGAAAUAACACAGCCCCUACAUCCUGUUCUAAUGGACAGAAAUCUAAGAGGUCCACUUCACCUGGUCCUCACCCUGUUAAAACAACUGGUGUUGCCGCACACGCUCCAAAUCCAAAACUCACUCUCUGUCUUAGUAAUAGUCCUAAGAAGGGUGUCAGUACACCCAGUGAUGUGGAGAUGCUGAGUCCGGACAGCCCCAUCUGUAAAACCCUGUUCGUGACAAGCUCAGACAAGGAUUUAGAUGGCAGUGCUUGUGCAGAGGACUCUGGCUUUGCAAAGGAAUCACAGCAGUUUGUCAAAGACUCUGAUUCUGGAUGUUUGGUCAAAGAAAAAGUCAAUCUGGUUGCCAUGGGAACAGAGGAUGCUGAGGUAGCUCAGUACAGUCACUGUGGUUCAUCUGAUAUGAGCCAGGACUUAAUUGGAAGCCAGUCAGGUGCUCUUUUCGAAAGAGUUUCAUUCGCAUUUCAUAACAUGGACAGAGGAUGGCUGGGGACACCCAUAGAUGAGCUGAACAGAAUGCCCCAGUGUGCUCCCCCUCUGUCUCACCUGAAAGCAGCGCCUCACCACACUGUCACAGUCCGAACAGAUCUCCUCAGAGAGGGAGAGGUCCCUGUUCCAUACCCCGGCAAGUUCAAAGAUGCGUGGGAUGAUGUGUUUGUGAAGAUGCCCUGCUCUGAGAAGAAUCUGUUUCCUAUGGAGACUGAGGAUGGAGGUGGUGUCCAAAGUCGGUGGGAGCUGAUCCGCACUGCCUUGCAGGGAGGGUUCAAAAGUUCUCUGGAUGUGAGGGAUGCUAUAUUGAGAUACAACAUAGCCCAUGCAAAGAAAUGGGACUUCACUGCCCUAAACCUUCUUUGCACAGAGUAUCUUGAGCAUUCUGAACUACAACACCUGUUUGAGAUCGUACUGCCAGCUAUGGUUGACCUUGCACUCCGUGCUCCUGUCCUCUGCACAAUGCCAAUUCCCCUACUGAAGUCAAGGAUGAACCACUCCCUGACUCUGUCUCAGGAGCAAAUAGCAUGUCUUCUGGCCAACGCCUUCUUCUGCACUUUCCCUCGACGCAACUCCCGCAAGUCGGAGUACUGCAAUUAUCCUGAGAUCAACUUCUACAGGUUAUUUGAUGGUUCUUCACCAAGAAAAAUUGAGAAAUUGAGAACUCUGCUGUGUUACUUCAGGAGAGUUACACAGACGAAGCCCAAGGGUCUUGUUACAUUCACAAGACAAAUGCUGAACAAUCCUCCAAACUGGGAAAGUUCCCAGACUCCGCUGAAGCGCCUACACAUCACUUGUGAGGGGACGAUUGAGGAUGAUGGAUAUGGGAUGCUGCAGGUGGACUUUGCAAACAGGCUUGUAGGUGGUGGAGUAACAGGACAUGGACUGGUCCAGGAAGAGAUUAGGUUCCUCAUCAACACUGAACUCAUUGUCUCUCGCCUCUUUACUGAAGCUUUGGAACACAAUGAAUGCCUCAUCGUCACAGGCACUGAACAGUACAGUAAAUACACUGGCUAUGCUGAGAGUUACAAAUGGAAGACCAGCCACAAGGACGAGACUGCCAGGGACGACUGGCAGCGACGCUGUACGGAGAUUGUGGCCAUUGAUGCUCUCAAAUUCAGGCACUUCCUAGAGCAGUUUCUCCCUGAAAAGAUAACCAGAGAACUAAACAAGGCAUAUUGUGGAUUCUUCCGAAAUAAAGCCAACAGCAAGCACCUCUCUGCAGUAGCCACAGGCAACUGGGGUUGUGGAGCUUUUGGUGGAGACACACGGCUUAAAGCACUGAUUCAGUUGAUGGCUGCAGCAGAGGCCGGGAGAGACUUGGCGUACUUCACAUUUGGAGAUGCUCAGCUUAUGAGAGAUGUUCAUGAAAUACACACUUUCCUCACCGAGAGACAAGUCACCGUCGGGAGGCUGUACAACCUUUUGAACCAGUACUCCAGUUCGGUGUGCAAGAAUUGCCGCACGACUCGACCUGACAUCAGUCUCUACAGUUUCAUCCAUGAGAGAGUCUCUUCCCCCACGCCCGCUGACGCCCCGGACUGUGCUAAGGAUUCUGGGAUGUCCCCUGUAACAUCGGACUCUCAUUAACACGGCUAGAGCUGCAACUUAACCUCCCUCCGCUGUCUCUCCGUGUAAAAGAGACUGCAGGUUCACAAACUUCAAUGUGCUGUCAGCCUUGUGCUUACAAUCACUUUUUGUCUCACACACACUCCCUUUAAGUUUGUGAUCCCAAAACACAAACUACCAAAACACAGUUUUGCCUUUCUCGUUGGUGGUAUUAUAGGAGCCUCGUAGUAUGUCACCAAAUGUGGUGAAAUGUUUCAGAGACUUAUAGCAAUAGUAAAUCCUGGUUGCUGUCAAGCCUUUCUUUAGUUUAAGUGCGAUGUGGAAUUCUUUUGUUUUUACAUUAAUUACACACAUGGCCAAAUAUUCAUCAUAUGCAUGUUUGUGGACACUUUUCAUUAUUAAUAAUCCAGGACAUGAUAAGACAUCCCUAGUUAUCUUGUCCUUUAUUGUGUUUGCUACUUUUUGGAUGAGUUGUCCUCUCUGUUUACCGAACCCAGGCUGUGGUGAGGUUCCUGAAAGCAGAGAGAUAAGAUGUCAUACUGUAGUCUAUGCAUGGGUAACAUUUAUUUAUCAAAUAUUCUACACAUAUAUGCUGCUCUUUUAUAUUCCCUAGGAUGUCAAUGUUUAACACACAUAUAGUCCUUAUUUUCAUAUCAAUAAAUGUUAUCGGUAUAAAGGUGUAGACACAUAUAGCCGACGGGCGACCUUUGACAGAAAACCCCUCGAUAUGAUCAGUCGCGUCCCCGAGGUCCAAAAAACUGCCACAGAACAGACCAAAAAGACGAGAGGAG